AUGAAUUUGCUGGAGGAGCAAACUGAGAUUAUGAGGUCUAAGGGAAUAACUAAUGGGCCGUUGACCAUGGCACUAGCGAAGGACCUGACGUCGCUACAAAUUUUUGAAUAUGUCAAGCUGAAAGACGCUUCUUUCAGGAGAACCAAAGACGAUCAUUUGCGGUAUUCGAUCGAUCGUGUGUGGAAAACGGUGAUAGCGGAUGAGGAAGAGGAGAUGAAAAGUAUGGGUAUUGAUCCAAGCACUUUAAAGAUCAAGGACGAAGAGUCAGAAGAACAAGACAACAUGAUGGAAGUCAAGGACACUAAUCAAGCUAAUAGAAGUGUUGUGAGUUUAUGGAAAGAGGAGAAUGACGUCCAGGCAUCUGCCACCGAAACUGCAGAGCCAGACGAAAAAAAAGCCAAAAAAAGGUCCAAGGAUGGGUCCAAGCACUCGAAAAGACCUAAGGUGGCUAAGGAUCGCACUCCGCCAACCCUCACUCUUAGCCAGCUUGGUGGUCUGGAUGACGUGGUUUCGCAGCUGAUGGAAGUCGUUGGAAUGCCUGUUCUCCAUCCGGAGAUCUAUAUGGCUACAGGAAUUGAGCCUCCACGAGGAGUUCUUCUCCAUGGUCCUCCGGGAUGUGGAAAAACCACCAUUGCAUAUGCGCUUGCAGGUGAGCUUCAAGUUCCGUUCAUAUCGAUCAGUGCGCCGUCCGUGGUUAGCGGAAUGUCUGGAGAGAGCGAGAAGAAGGUCAGAGAGAUAUUUGACGAGGCCAAGCAACUAGCCCCAUGUUUGGUGUUUUUUGAUGAAAUCGACGCUAUUACUCCCAAAAGAGAUGGCGGUGCACAGCGUGAGAUGGAACGACGGAUCGUGGCUCAACUGCUCACUUCGAUGGACGAGCUUUCGCUUGACAAAACUGACGGAAAGCCUGUGAUUAUUAUUGGCGCCACUAAUCGCCCAGACUCCCUAGACACAGCCCUUAGAAGAGCAGGACGAUUUGAUAGAGAAAUUUGCAUAAAUGUUCCAAAUGAACAUGCGCGGUUCAAAAUUCUCGAGAGCAUGGUCAAGAAUUUGAGAAUCAGCGGAGAGCUUGAUCUUCUUUCGAUAGCCAAGAUGACACCAGGGUUUGUGGGUGCGGAUUUGAAGGCACUGGUGACGGCCGCAGGUAUUUCUGCCAUCAAGAGAAUUUUCACCUCCUUGAGCGAGGAAGACGAGAAAAAGCUGCUUUUGGAAGGGGUGCAAUUGCAACAGGAAGAGAACAAGGAGGAUGGGAUGGAGCUGGACGAGAACCCCGAAGAGCUUCUGCAGAAAAGCAACGAGCAACCGCAGUUUAGCAAGCUCUCUAUAAUUCAAAAAUUCCUCAUCAAACACCCUACAGCGCUGACUCCAGAGCAGCUGGCAUCUUUGUGCAUAGAACACCAAGAUUUCGUGACGGCCCUGCCUCAAAUCCAACCAUCCGCAAAAAGAGAAGGCUUUGCCACCAUUCCAGAUGUCACGUGGUCGAACGUGGGUGCUUUGGCGAACGUGCGGGUGGAACUACACAUGGCCAUUGUGCAGCCUAUCAAACGGCCCGAAAUAUACGAGAAAGUUGGUAUUACGGCGCCAGCGGGCGUGCUUAUGUGGGGUCCUCCUGGUUGCGGUAAAACACUGCUGGCUAAGGCCGUCGCCAACGAGUCGAAGGCCAAUUUCAUUUCUGUCAAAGGACCAGAGCUUCUCAAUAAAUACGUUGGUGAGUCCGAGCGCGCGGUCAGACAGGUGUUCACUCGUGCAAGAGCUUCAGUUCCGUGUAUUAUAUUUUUCGACGAACUGGACGCAUUGGUGCCAAAAAGAGAGUCGUCACUGAGCGAGGCGAGCUCGAGAGUUGUCAACACUCUGCUCACCGAACUGGACGGCCUCAACGAUAGAAAAGGUAUUUUUGUCAUUGGAGCCACCAACAGACCAGAUAUGAUCGAUCCAGCCAUGCUGCGUCCCGGAAGACUUGACAAGACGCUUUAUAUUGAGCUUCCUAAUGCUUCUGAGAGACUGGAAAUUCUCAAGACAUUGAUCGCCUCCAACGGAACACCUUUGGAUUCCAGCGUCGACUUGGCCGUCGUGGCGCACGACGAGCGGUGCCGCAACUUUUCUGGUGCCGAUCUCUCGUCGUUGGUCCGUGAGGCAGGUGUUAUUGCAUUAAAAAAGAAGUUUUUUACCGGUAUCAGCAUUGGAGACGAAUCUAUUGAGGAAUUACAUAUGGACGAUGACGUUGUGGUGACAAGUGACGACUUUGAAAAGGCUUUGGAUAGCGUGAAGCCGUCUGUGAGUGACAGAGACCGCCUAAAAUAUGAGCGUCUUAAUCAGAGAAUGGGAUGGAGCCAGGCCAACGUGGUGGAGCAGGACAAGUAA